AUGGGACCUGGCAAUAUCAGCAGAGGUUGGCUUACGUUGGCAGGAAGCUACAACCUUGGAAGUACAUCUGGCUGCUCAGGAGCAGCCUGUGGUCCAAAGGCUGCUUUAAACUUUAUUAUUUUCAAGUAUUGCAGAGACCAGGAUCCUGUCAAUCACCAGCAAACAUUUUUGAAUCAGCUGAGGGAGAUCACCGGUAUCAAUGACAUCCAGGUACUACAACAGGCCCUGAAGGACAGCAAUGGUAAUUUGGAAUUGGCUGUGGCUUUCCUCACUGCGAAGAAUGCCAAGGUUCCCCAGCAAGAGGAGGCAACUUACUAUCAAACAGCACUUCCUGGAAAUGACAGAUACAUCAGUGUGGGCAGCCAGGCAGACACGAAUGUGAUUGAUCUCACUGGAGAUGAUAAAGAUGAUCUUCAGAGGGCAAUUGCCUUGAGUUUGGAGGAAUCAAACAGGGCAUUCAGGGAGACUGGAAUAACAGAUGAGGAACAAGCCAUUAGCAGAGUUCUAGAGGCCAGUAUUGCAGAAAAUAAAGCAAGUUUAAAGAGGACGCAUCCAGAGGUGUGGAGCGACUCUCCAAACCCUUAUGAUCGAAAGCGGCAAGACAACUGUCCAGUAGGAUUAAAGAAUGUUGGCAACACAUGCUGGUUUAGUGCUGUCAUUCAGUCAUUAUUUAACCUACUGGAGUUUCGAAGACUAGUUUUGAAUUUCAAUGCUCCUGCAAAUGCUCAAGAUUUGCCCCGAAACCAAAAGGAACAUAGGAAUCUGCCUUUCAUGCGUGAAUUGAGGUACCUGUUUGCACUUCUAGUUGGUUCAAAGAGAAAAUAUGUUGACCCAUCUAGAGCGGUUGAAAUCCUUAAAGAUGCUUUUAAAUCGAAUGAUUCCCAGCAGCAAGAUGUUAGUGAAUUUACACACAAAUUAUUAGAUUGGUUAGAAGAUGCCUUCCAGAUUAAAGCUGAAGAAGAGAGGGAUGGAGAGAAGCCGAAGAACCCAAUGGUAGAGUUGUUUUAUGGACGAUUUCUAGCAGUAGGUGUACUUGAAGGUAAAAAAUUUGAAAACACAGAAAUGUUUGGCCAGUAUCCACUCCAGGUUAAUGGCUUUAAAGAUCUGCACGAGUGCCUAGAAGCUGCAAUGAUUGAAGGGGAAAUUGAAUCUCUCCAUUCAGAAAACUCUGCAAAGUCUGGUCAGGAGCACUGGUUCACUGAACUUCCUCCUGUCUUAACUUUUGAGCUCUCAAGAUUUGAGUUUAAUCAGGCUUUGGGGAGACCAGAGAAGAUACACAACAAAUUAGAAUUUCCUCCAAUUUUAUAUCUGGACAGAUACAUGCACAAAAACAGAGAAAUAACAAGAAUUAAACGGGAUGAAAUCAAGAGACUUAGAGAAUACCUCACGGUUUUACAACAAAGAUUAGAACGAUAUUUAAGCUAUGGUUCUGGUCCUAAACGAUUCCCCUUGGUAGAUGUGCUGCAGUAUGCCUUGGAGUUCGCCUCCAGCAAGCCCGUUUGCACGUCUCCCGUUGACGAUCUUGAUGCCGGCGCCCCCUCUAGCGGCACGCUGCCCGCGCAGACCACACCAAGCACAAUAGAGCCGCAGGGGCCUUCAUCUUCAGAUGUUCCAAGCACAUCUCCUGUACAAAGAUCAGUAAUACAUAAACCAUUCACACAAUCACGAAUUCCUCCUGAUCUGCCAAUGCAUCCAGCUCCAAGGCACAUCACUGAGGAAGAGCUUUCUGUUCUAGAAGGUUGUUUACAUCGUUGGAGGACUGAAGUAGAAAACGACACUAGAGAUUUACAAGAAAGUAUAUCUAGAAUACAUCGGACAAUUGAAUUGAUGUACUCCGACAAAACAAUGGUCCAAGUUCCUUAUAGAUUGCAUGCUGUGCUAGUUCAUGAAGGUCAAGCUAAUGCAGGACACUACUGGGCAUAUAUUUAUGACCACCACCAGAAUAGAUGGAUGAAAUACAAUGAUAUUUCAAAGUCAACAUGGGAAGAGUUUGAACGUGACUCUUUUGGUGUUUACAGUAAUGCCAGUGAAUAUUGUUUAAUGUAUAUCAAUGAUAAGGAACAAUACUUGAUGCAAGAGGAGUUUAACAAAGAAACAGGACAGAUACUUGUCGGAAUGGACACGCUACCACCUGAUUUGAGGGAUUAUGUCAAGGAAGACAAUAAACGUUUUGAAAAAGAACUUGAAGAAUGGGAUGCAGAACUUGCUCAGAAAGCACAGCAGGAAAAGUUACUAUCUCAGAUACCCAGGGCACCAGCACCUUCCCCUGCUCCAGUUCAAGCAGGAGAACCAGAAUAUUUAGAGCAACCAUCAAGAACUGAUCUUUCAAAGCACUUAAAAGAAGAUUCUGUGCAAGCAAUCAAUAAAGCUUUAGCUGAACAAGAGGAUAGAGGUCCAGAAGCUAUUAUGGAUACGAGCUCUGAUAAUGCCCCAGCUCAACCAGCUGCUAACCAGCGAGUGGUAGAGGUGGCGAUCCCCGAUGUAGGGACUUUUGUGAUUGAGUCAGAGGAGGGGGGUUAUGACGAUGAGGUCAUGCUGACCCCGAACAUGCAAGGUAUUAUCAUGGCUAUAGGUAAAGCCAGGAAUGUUUAUGACAGGUGUGGGCCAGAAGCAGGGUUCUUUAAGGCGAUUAAAUUGGAAUACACACGGCUACUAAAAUUAGCACAGGAAGAUCCACCACCUGAAUGUGAUUACCGUUUGCGUCAUGCAAUUGUUUACUUCAUCCAAAACCAGGCACCAAAGAAGAUAAUUGAGAGAACGUUAUUGGAACAGUUUGGAGAUCACAAUCUUAGCUUUGAUGAAAGGUGCCGUAACAUAAUGAAGGUUGCUCAAGCUAAACUUGAAAUGAUAAAGCCAGAUGAAGUAAACAUGGAGGAAUAUGAGAGGUGGCAUCAAGACUAUAGAAAUUUCAGGGAAACAACCAUGUUUCUCAUGGUAGGAUUGGAGUUUUUCCAAAAAAAGAGCUAUAUGGAAGCCUUGCUCUACCUUAUCUAUGCUUACCAGAAUAACAAAGAACUCUUGUCAAAAGGUCCAUACAGGGGGCAUGAUGAAGAGCUGAUAUCUCACUACAGACGAGAAUGUUUGCUAAAACUAAAUGAACAUGCUGCAGCACUGUUUGAAUCAGGAGAUGAUCAGGAAGUAAAUAAUGGCCUGAUCAUUAUGAAUGAGCUUAUUGUCCCAUGCUUGCCAUUACUACUGGUGGAUGAAAUGGAAGAGAAAGAUAUUGUUGCUGUGGAAGAUAUGAGAAACCGUUGGUGUUCCUAUCUUGGACAAGAAAUGGAACCUAACUUGCAAGAAAAGCUGACUGAUUUCCUGCCAAAACUGCUAGAUUGUUCUACGGAGAUUAAAGGUUUCAAUGACCCGCCAAAGUUACCUUCCUACUCUACACAUGAACUGUGUGAAAGAUAUGCGCGCAUCAUGUUGUCACUCAGUCGAACUCCAGCUGAUGGAAGAUAAAUUCUGCAACCUUCCUAAGCACAUUGUAUAAACUUUUUUAGUUCUUAAACCUUGCCUUCCUGUCACAGGGUUUGCUUGUUGCUGCUAUAGUUUUUAACUUUUUUAUUUUAAUAACUGCAGAAGAGAAAUGACUGUACAAACUUUAGCCAGACUGCAAACAAUUAAAGCUGAGAAUCGCAUGGGGCUCAGUCGUUUCAACCAGAAUUGAUGCAACAUUGCAAGUCUGAUUAUUAUGGCAAAACUGCUUUUUUGCCACUUAUCUGUUACAGUAUUACUUUGCUUUUAUCUUGAGAUCCUUUCCUUUAUCAACAGCUGUCUGGAUCAUUUUGUGACUGCAACUACUUUAAGUGUCCAGUGCUGUGUAAAUACAUGGUACUUGGUAGCUUGUAAAUGAAAUGAAAGAAUAAAAUUUUAUUUAUGGCUA